UGGCUAAGAUCAAGUGUAGUAUCUGUUCUUAUCAGUUCAGAUCUACUGAAGCAGGCUGAAGUCUGAAGAUCUGAAGCUCAGGAAGAGAAUCAUCUGAUCGACCGACGGACGGAGACACUUCGGAAGAUCCAGCUCCAGAGAGACCGACUUCGGCUUCAGACUGCGACAGAAGCACUUCAUCUUGAAGCGAUCUACAGGGAUUCCGACCUUCAGGAAAGAAGUCCCAGACUACGACCGGCAAAGAAGAAACUCGGAGUUCUAACUCCGCUUCGAGCUGAUAACACUUAGGAGUUUUUUUAAAAACUCCUCUCUCUCUCUCUCUUACUCCCUUCCCCCCUCUCUCUCUCUCUCUUCCCUCCCUGGGGCCACUGCAGUGCUCUGAAGGACGACCCUUGGGGUCAUUUGCAUAACCCCGCCCACUCUCUCUCUCUCUCUUCUUUUUUUUUUUUUUCAGACUUUUCCCCUCUUUCUACCCUUUUUUUUCCCUCUCUUUUCCUUUCCAGACCCUUGGAACAGGAAGAGAUGGCUCCUGCUACAGCUGCCAGCAGAGGGAAGAACUCCGGAAAGAAAUCGGAAAAUGUCUCCACGGGCUCCAGGAACGCACCACCCAAAACUGGACCCGCAACCCAAGCACCAGCCCAGGCCUCCGCUCUGCCUCCCAAGGCUAACCAGUCCCCAAAUCUGGAGCCAUGGAUGAGACAGACGGUUGUGCUAAAGCUAAAAGAGGUGGAAGGAAAGGUCCCGGACAUGUCGACAGGUGUGUUCGGGAAAAAGAUGGUAAUGGAACAGGGAUUCUCCAAGGCAGAGACGGUGAGUAUACAGACCUUCAUAGGGGGACUGUUUUACAUAACCUUCGCUUCCAUGGCUAUUUGCAGGAGGUACUGGGAAAGGGUUAAAGCGGCGGGGCCCGAAUCCCCUUUUACUCGCUUUGUGGGCAACAGCCCUAUUCAAAGAGAGGAAAGGCGGGUGACGGUCGCAAUGCGAAACCCCCACACACCAGUGAAAGAUAUUAUCACCUUCCUGAGCAGAUUCUGCACGGUCAUCAAGGAUCCCAGCCAAAUCAUGGACUCAAACGGCUUCUGGACGGGUAAGUAUUCGGUCCUGGUAAAGCUCCAGCGGGAAGAGGGCUCAGCAGAUGGGCUCAAACACCUCCCCCAGAGUUUCUCUCUCGGCAGCUCCCCCGGACUCCUCUACUACCCAGACCAGCCUCAAACCUGCAGGAAAUGUGGACAGUUGGGACACCAAGCAAAAACCUGCACAGCAAAUGCAUGCAGGAUCUGCAAGGUGCUGGGCCAUGAGGCCAAAAACUGCCCCCGCUCCAAGGCCUGCAACUUAUGUGGAUUGGCUGACCACGUCUACAGAGACUGCCCACAGAGAUCAAGAACCUAUGCGUCUGUGGCUCAGGCGAAACCGACACCUCCAGCCCCAGCCAAUACACAAAAGAAAGGAAAGCCUCCAGCCCCAGCCAAAGCCAAGGUAACACCUCCGGCUCCGGCCAAGAACAAUGGGAACAAGGAGAAGAAUGCCCUCUGCAAAAAAAGGACCAGAGAAGCAGAGGAAAGCCCAGCGGCUGAACAACAACAGGAGAGGAAGAAGGCCGUCACUGACCUGGACGGCACAACAUCGUCAGAGGAGGGGGAGGAGGUGGAGGCAGUGCACAUCACAGAGGUAGAAGCAGAAGACAUGGAACUGCUCCUGGAAGAACUCGAGCAGAUCCCAGUCGAGCCUGCAGAUGUCAACAGGGUCCUACAACUGGAAGAGGCCCUGCUACAGCAGCUGGAAUCUCCGGAAGAGAGUCCCCCCCCGCCCGACAAUGCAGGAGGAGACCCGCCCGACCGGAGUGGUAAUGUAUAAUGUAAAAUGUCUAACGCUAACGGUUUUCUUUUUAUUUCUUAACUAAUGGGGUCUUUUAACUUAUUCACCAUUAAUGUUAGGAGUAUUAAGGACCUGAUGAGACGACAGACCAUCUUUGCAUUUCUCGAUAACCAGAAUUGUAAUGUGUACAUGUUGCAGGAAUGUGCCUUUCCUUUCUCCAGGUCUUACAAACACCUCAUGCGUCAGUGGACCCAU